AUGGGCGCCCAGGUCGCGCGGGAGAAGCGGCGCGGGGAGAGCUCGGACGCGCGGACGCCAGGAAGCGUCUUCACCUUCGCCAACAUGGAGCCGACCACGUCGUUGCCCGUCAACCUCGAGCGCUCCUCGCCCUUUGUCAUCGGCGUCUGCGCCAUGGACAAGAAGGCGACGUCCAAGCCCAUGACCGAGAUCCUCCAGCGCCUCCCCAAGCAUGCGUUCCAGAUCGUCCUCUUUGGCGACGAUAUGAUCCUCAACAAGUCCGUGGACGAGUGGCCGCUCUGCGACGCGCUCAUUGCGUUCUUCUCGACGGGGUUCCCGCUCGACAAGGCCAUGGAGUACGUCGAGCUCCGCCAGCCCAUCGUCGUCAACGACCUCUCGAACCAAAAUUUGCUCAUGGAUCGCCGCGACGUCUACCGGAUCCUUCAAGAACACAACAUCCCGACGCCCAAACACAUUGUCGUCAACCGCGAUGGCUACCGCGGGUCGAGCCUCGCGCCCGACUUUGUCGAGUGCGACGACUUUGUCGAGCUUGACGGCGUCCGCAUCCAAAAACCGUUUGUCGAAAAGCCCGUGAACGGCGAGGACCACAACAUCUACAUCUACUACCCGACCAACGCCGGCGGUGGCUGCAAGCACCUCUUCCGGAAGGUCGGGAACCGGUCGUCCGAGUUCCAUCCGCAGGAAAACAGCGUCCGGCGCGGCGACGGCCAGUCGUACAUUUACGAAGAAUUCAUUGCGACGCAGGGAACCGACGUCAAGGUGUACACGGUCGGUCCCAACUAUGCGCACGCUGAAGCGCGCAAGUCGCCGGUCCUUGACGGCAAGGUCAUGCGCGACUCGGUCGGGAAGGAGAUCCGGUACCCCGUGAUUCUCUCGACCAACGAAAAGAACAUUGCACACAAAGUCUGCCGCGCGUUCAGCCAAACGGUCUGCGGCUUUGACAUUCUGCGCGUCGGAAAUGAGUCGUACGUGUGCGACGUGAACGGCUGGAGCUUUGUGAAGAAUUCGCCCAAGUACUAUGACGACUGCGCCGUGCUCCUCCGUCAGUACCUCGAGCGCGCGCUCGCCGGGUACGAAGAUCCAUACGCCGACAUGUACUCGCCGCCGCUCGACCGCGAGCGCUCGAUGACCAACAGCUCGUCCAUGUCGCUCUUACUGGCUGACGGCACGGCGUCGGAGAGCGAGUUUGAUGGUGGGCUCGAUGGCAGCCACGACUGUGCGGCGGAUGGCAUGAUGGAAGAAGAAGAGCUGCGCUGCGUCCUCGCCGUCAUUCGCCACGGUGAUCGCACGCCCAAGCAGAAAAUGAAGAUGCUCCCGCGUCGGGCGCGGGAAGAAAAGGACCUCAAGAUCAAGACCAUCAAGGACCUCGAAGAGCUUCUCGCUGUGAGCAAAGACCUCAUCGCAGCGUACGAAGCCAAGCAGCGCCGUGCGUUGGACGCCGAUGCCAAGGACGACGAUGACGACGAGGAUAUCGACGCCGAGCAAAUGAAGGGCAUCUACACGCUCCGGGACGUUCUCCAGCGCUGGCAGCUCUGUGGCAUCAACCGAAAGGUCCAGAUGAAGCCCCGCGCGUGGACCGAUGACUUCCAAGUGGCGCCAACGACACCCGUGCCGGUGGAACGUCAGGUGCGCCUCGAGUCUCUGACAAACGUCAGCUCGUCGCCAAAAGGCAGCGACAAGCCAGCUUUUGCUGAUCGUCAAGUGGGCGGUGACUUGACACACUCGGGCAUCCAGCAAGCCGAGACGCUCGGCCAGCACUUUCGCCAGAUCAUGUACCCCGGCGGCGACGGCGGUCUUCUCCGACUGCACUCGACGUACCGCCACGACCUCAAGAUCUACACCAGCGACGAAGGACGGGUCCAGAAGACAGCAGCGUCGUUUGCGAAAGGCUUGCUCGAGCUCGAGGGCGAUAUCAUUCCGAUUCUCGUGAGCUUGGUGCUCAAGUCCAAGGACGCCGACUCAAUGCUGGACCAGUCGGGCUCGUCGGCGCAGGAAAUGAUCAUGGCCGUGAAGGAGCGACUUCACGACAUUUUGCACCGCGAUGACGACUGCGGCCUCUUGCGCACCCACUCCAACUCGCGCCUCGUUCGUAGCGUCGCUGCCGCCCUCGACGUCGUCGAGCAGCCCAUGAAGAAGAUGGAGCGCAUGCACAAGCUUCUGGGCCACUUGAAGGACCAGCUCACCAAGCUUUUGGAUGCCGAGGCCACGGAGAAGGCCGAGCGCCGCCAGGGCUCGGAAACGACAGUUGGCUCGUGCUUGGAGCUCGAGCCCGAGGCCAUUGAAGCGUUCAGCCCGACGUCGGUGGCGACAAAGAAGACGCCCAAGGCGCACAAGAACUCGACGGAUGAGGCGUUGUCGCCGAAGAGCCGCCCGAAGACGGCGACGGCGACGUCGCUGAACUCGCUCAUGUCGAGUCCGCGUCCCCGCAUCGGGUCGGCGGGGCACACCAAGCGCGAGCCGUGCGGCCGCGAGACGCUCGAGAUGAUGCGCGAGCGCUGGGCCAAGCUGUACCGGGACUUUUACUCGAAGAAGGGCAAGACGUUUGACCUCUCCAAGAUCCCGGACAUCCACGACUGCAUCCGCUACGAUGCGAUGCACAAUGCGCACUUGUACCUCAGCGGUAUCAAGGAGCUUCUCGACAUUUCGGCCUCCCUGGCCCACGCCCUCGUACCGCAGGAGUACGGCAUUGAUGUGCACGAGAAGCUGCACAUUGGCACCGACAUGUGCCAGUCGCUGCUCAAGAAGAUGCGUGACGACCUCGACCUCGCGCGGGGCUUCAACAUUACGCAUCGCCUCGACCCGUCGUACGCGACCAAAGACAUCAAGUCGACGCACCGGUCCGUGCGCACGCGCCUUUACUUUACGAGCGAGUCGCACUUGCACACGCUUCUCAACGUCCUUCGGCACAGCGUCACAGGCAAGGAGGAAGACUGUCCCAUCUCGGUGCCCGGGCGCAAGUGGAUUGAGGAGAUCCCCGAGCUGUGCUACAUGACGCACAUUGUCGUUCGUGUCUUUGAACGAUGUGGCCUCAACAGCUUGGACCCGCGGCGCUUCCGCGUCGAGCUGUCGCUGUCGCCGGGCGCCACGGGCAACCCGCUCGUAGACUUCAGCCCCAAGAAACCGUUGAGCGUAUCGCCUUUGCACAUCGUGUCGCGCGACUCGCUUACGUGCCAAGAGUUUCAAGAUUACAUUUGCAAAGCGAUCGCGUUCAAGGACGCCGCCCAGUAG